AUGCGUUUCACCGCCGCCGCCGCUCUCGUCCUCCCUGUCCUCGCCGCCGCGAGCCCCAUCGCCAACCCCAGUGUUGUCCCCGAUGGCUGGGCCGAUACUCCGGACCCGAACGACAUCCAGAUCGUCAGCGCCACUUUCUCCGGUAGCGGCUGCCCUCAGGGCUCUGUCUCGACCAGCAUCUCUCCUGACAAGACUGUCAUCACCUUCGGUUUCGACAAGUUCCAGACCUACAUCGGCCCCGGCACUACGAUUGCCGACCGCACCAAGAACUGCCAGCUGCACCUGAACCUGAAGUACCCUGGCGGCUUCCAAUUCGCGGUCGUCGAGUCGACUUACCACGGCUACGCCCUCCUGGAGGAGGGUGUCACCGGCACCUUCUUCAGCACUUACUACUUCUCUCAGGACGCUAAGGCGACCACCACCACCCAAACCACCAUCACGGGCGGCGGCAUCUGGGCGGCCGGUCAGGUCUACACCAAGUCGGACAAGAUCCCGACGGCCAGCUACAUCUACUCGCCUUGCGGCGCCAGCGGCAUCCUCAACAUCAACAACCGCAUUGCCCUCACCUCGACCAACCCCAACGCUUUCGGCAUGAUCACCGACGACGACGCUACCAUUGCCUUCACUCAGCAGCUCAACAUUGCUUGGCGCAGGUGCUAA